AUGGCAGUUCUGAUUGUAGGACGUGUGCUACAAGGACUGGGCGGAGGCGGACUCGACGUCCUGAGUGAGGUCAUUGUCGCCGAUAUCACUACUCUGCAAGAGAGGGCUGUGUAUAUUGGAUUACUAUCCCUUCCAAUGGCUGCAGGAUGCAUCGCGGGUCCUAUUCUCGGUGCAGUCUUCAGUGAGUUUGUUACGUGGCGAUGGAUCGGCUGGAUUAAUCUGCCUAUCAUUGGCAUUGCCCUCUUUCUGGCUAUCUUCUUCAUGCGUCUGAGGCCCAUUGACCAGUCCCUCCGCUCCCAGCUCGGCCGUAUAGACUUUGGCUUGGAAUGCUACUCUUCUCGGCCGGUUGUAUUCUUCUCGCCCUACCGCUCAGUUGGGCGGGGAAUAUGUAUCCUUGGGGCUCGAUUUUCAUUUUACGAGGGUUAUCAGCCUGAUGCCGUGUUCCCUUACCGUAUUUUCCGCUCGAGAACUGCACAAAUGAGUCUGCUUGGAAGCUUCAUCCAUGGCUUCGUGCUUUAUACUCUUCUGCAAUAUCUUCCACUCUUUUUCCAAGCGGUCUAUCUCGAAACACCGCUCAAAUCCUCGAUCUCGAUCCUCCCAUUCUGCUGUGUGGUCUUCGUUUUUACAGGAAUUGCCGCCUUCGCCGUUGAUUUUUUCCGGAAAUACAUGUGGGAAAUCUGGACUGGAUGGGUAUUUCUCGCCGUUGGCUGUGGUAUUUUCGCAGUGUGGCAUCAAUCCUCCUCAACAGCCAUGACUGCAGGUUUCCAGGUUAUUGCAGGGAUUGGGAUUGGGACAAUAUUCAGCGUCCCUCCAAUCCCAAUGCAAGCCAGUGCUGCAUCCGAUGACCAAGGUCUUGCAAUGGGAAUAAUGGUCGCAUUCAGACUAUUUGGGGCCCUUAUCGGUCUUGCAGUUGGUGCCACUACAUUCAGCAGUGUCUUCGCCAACAGGAUUGACGGCAUCGUAUUGCCUGCUUCUUUGGCAUUGUUGAAAGAUCCCAGUGAGGCCGUGAGCUUUAUUCCCUAUCUACGAACAGCCGACAUCUCCCCUGCUCUGCGGGACCUCAUUCGAGACGCAUACAAGGACGCCAUGCACACAAUCUGGUAUGAACUGGCAGCGUUUGGAGCAUUGGGAUUCUUGAGUUCCCUAUUUGUGGAAGAAUUGACUAUGGAGACGGAAGAGCUGGGUCGACAACAUUUCGAGCAUGACUCAGACUGA